UUAGACCCUGAGGAUCAGACCGUGGAGAGGCUCGAGUGCCCUGAACCGGCAGGCCUGGCCCGCUACGCACCCCUGAAAGCACCUGCAGACAAGCCUGGUGACUACGUCAAAUUCUUCUUCGCUCUCGACCUCACCCAGUGCGUCGACCUGCUUCCUCGACUCCUCGGCAGCAUCAUCGAGGCCAUUAACUUUCUCGGCCCGGACAACUGCGCGCUGUCGAUUGUCGAGGGCAAUUCUGACGAUGGCACCCCAGAAGUGCUCGCUGCCAUUCGCCAGGGGGUGGAGACGCUCGGUAUCGAGUACUUCUUCACGACGAGCAGCGUGAACCCAAAGGGCGAAGCGAAUCGGAUCUAUGGUCUGGCCAAGCUGCGGAACCUAGCCCUGCAGCCAAUGCUAGACGAUACGCGCCGAUACGGCACAGAUACGAUAGUUAUCUUCCUUAACGAUGUCGCCGUCUGUAUGGAGGAUAUUCUGGAGCUCGUCUACCAGAAAGCGCUAUUGGGGGCUGACAUGACGUGUGCCAUGGACUGGACCUAUGUCGGGGCCAACCCGACCUUUUACGACGUCUGGGUGGCAAGGACUAUCUCUGGGGAGGCGUUCUUCAAUAUUCCCGAGGACAGGAGCUGGAACUUUGCUUGGAACUUGUUCUGGAAGGACACAGACACGAAAAAAAGAUACCAAGCUCAUCUACCCUUCCAGGUCUUCAGCUGCUGGAACGGCGCCGUUGCCUUCACGGCCCAGCCCAUCCUCGACAGAGAGGUGUCCUUUCGCAGCAACAAACCGGGAGAGUGCUUCCAAGGCGAACCGCAGCUCUUCUGCAAGGACCUGUGGCAUGCUGGCUACGGCAAGAUUGCCGUGGUUCCAAGUGUCAACCUCGAGUACUCGGAUGAACGGGGCAAGGAUAUCAAGGUCCUCAAAGGAUACACCUCCAGGUGGGUUGGGCCGGAACAGGAUUCGCGGUCCAUAUUUGACUGGAGAUCCAGUCCACCCGAGCUAGUCAAGUGCAUGGAGGCUAUGGAAACGUCCGAAUGGCGACCCUGGAACGAGACUCUA